AUGGGAAGUGUGAUCACGAAAAUAGUAAGAGAGACCAUCCAAGAACUAAUUGAGAUUACAAAGAAUCUGUGGUUGAAGAGGAAGUUAAUGAACGGUUGCCCGGAAAGCACGGUGAGCCGACUAAUAAAUAAUUAGGAUUUCCUUUUUAGAACUUAAAGAAAAUGGCAAGUAAAGCAACAAUGGUUGGAGGAGUGAUUAUCAAUGCGACUACUUUUGUUGGUGAAAGCUAUUUGGAAAAGUAUGAAGAGAUAAAGCGUCAUGAUCUAGCUGUUUUUCUAACAAAAAUAGCUGGUGCUUUGGCAACUGGAUUGGCUGCGAGUCAAUUUUCAAGUAAAUCCACAGAAUGGUUGAGGAGACUUCCAGAAGUUGCUUCAGCUUUGAAUCGUGAAGAGACUCGUUUUGUUGAUGCAAUCAGAGAAGGCUGUUAG